AUGUCCAACGAAAGUUCAGAGAGCGAGUACUCUGAUAUUCAUUCGAUCCAUUCUGACGAAGAAGAAGAAGUUCAGGACUAUAAAAAGGGUGGAUAUCAUCCAGUUCAACUCGGAGACAAGUUUGAUAAUGACAGAUACAUUGUGUGUCGAAAGCUAGGCUGGGGUCACUUUUCAACCGUUUGGCUUGCAUUUGAUAAUCUAGCAGAUCGACAUGUCGCUUUAAAGAUUGUCAAAUCAGCCAAUAGAUACACAGACAGCGCUCUUGAAGAAAUCAAGCUACUUGAAACCGUCAAAAAGACAAACUCACAAGCCAGGGGGUACCAACACGUCGCGCAGCUGCUGGAACAUUUCUGGCAUGAGGGGCCUAACGGAAAACACGUGUGCAUGACAUUUGAAGUGCUCGGAGAAAGCCUACUUUCGCUCAUGAAGCGAUACAACUAUAAGGGCAUUCCUCAGUCAAUCGUCAAAAGGAUCUCAAAACAGGUCCUUGAAGGCCUUGAUUAUCUUCAUAGAGAGUGCGGUAUCAUCCAUACCGAUCUUAAGCCCGAGAAUGUGCUCGUUUGGAUCCCAGAUGUCGAGGAGUAUCUCAAGAAGGAAACAGAGGAUAUUCGUAGUGGUAAACAACAACAGCAGCAACAACAAGGGGAGCAACCCAAAUCACUUUUGGACGGCGUUGACACAUCAGGCAUGUCAAAGAAUCGUAAAAAGAGGUUAAAGAAAAAACUGAAAAAGCAGUUGCUCGCCAAUGAUGUGAAAGAACAAGAAGAUCAGAGUGAACUAGAAAAUGGGUUCAAACAGCUACAAAUCACCAAAAAUGAAAAAGUCUUAUCAUCUUCAGUCCUUGAUUUUGCAGUGAUCGAAGCCAAAGAGAAGCAACAAGACUUGGAUAGCGUGUUUAGCGAUAUUGUUGUCAAGAUUGCUGAUCUCGGAAAUGCCUGUUGGACAGACGGAGAUUACACGCAUAUCAUUCAGACAAGGCAGUAUCGUAGUCCGGAAGUCAUUGUUGGCGCCAAAUGGACUCAGGAGGCAGAUAUGUGGAGUGCUGCGUGCAUGAUCUUUGAACUUCUUACUGGUGAAUUCUUGUUUGAUCCUAGAGCAGGUUCUAAAUAUAACAAAGACGAUGAUCAUCUUGCCCAGAUUUUAGAACUCUUACGUACUGUCCCCAAGAUCUUGAUAACCGGAGGUGAGUUCUCUCGAGAAUUCUUUGAUCGGUCUGGUAAAUUGAAGCAUAUAAAAAAACUGCGAUACCGUCGUCUACGUGAUGUACUCCAUGACACCUUUCUUGUUCCUCCUGAAGAUGCUGAUGCGAUCAGUGCAUUUUUACUACCCAUGUUAGAAAUGGACAUGACCAAGCGUGCGUCUGCUAGUCAAAUGCUUUCAAGUGAAUGGCUAAAAGAUGUGUAG